UAUACUUUUUUUCCCUUAAGUUCUUUUCUUUUCGAAUUGGCUAUUCAAAAGUUUUCUGCACAAUCAUGGAAAACCAUGUUGAUCGGAAUGUGGAAUGGAUGCAACAGGAGGAGGAGAAAGCAGAGCUGGUUGAUGGAAAAGUUGAUUGGAGAGGAAGAAAAGCUUUGAAACACAAACAUGGGGGGAUGCAAGUUUCAUUGCUCGUACUAGCCGCAUGUGCUAUGGAGAACUUGGCAACUCUGUCGCUAGCAGUGAACUUGGUGUCAUAUUUCAAUGGAAUAAUGCAUUAUGAACUAGCAGAUGCAGCUAACAUGCUGACCGAUUACAUGGGUGUUAGUUACAUGCUAUCCAUUGUAGUGGCUGUUCUUGCUGACACUUGGAUUGGCAGAUACAAAUGCGUUCUUAUUUCUGGAUUCUUUGAGUCUCUGGGACUGGCAUUGCUUACGAUACAGGCACACAUGGGUAGCCUGAAGCCACCAAUUUGCAACUUGUAUGUGAAAGAUGCGCAUUGUGAAAAGCUUAAUGGGAAGCAAGAAGCAUUUCUCUUCAUUAGCCUCUACUUGUUGGCCUUUGGCAGUGCAGGUUUGAAGGCCUCCCUGCCAUCACAUGGUGCGGAUCAGUUUGAUGAAAGAGACCCCAAAGAAGCAAUGCAAAUGUCAAGCUUCUUCAAUGGUCUAUUAUUGGCAAUUUGCAUUGGUGGUGCAAUCAGCUUAACGUUUAAUGUGUAUGUACAAGACCACUAUGGAUGGGACUGGGGAUUUGGAGUCUCCACUAUUGCUAUUGUUUUGGCCACCUUUAUCUUUGCCUUUGGAUUGCCACUAUACAGAAUUCAUGUUGCAGAUACAAAAAAUGGCAUCAUUGAGAUCAUACAGGUCUACAUAGCUGCAAUUCGUAAUAGAAACCUUCCCCUUCCUGCAGAUCCUAUGGAAUUAUACGAGAUUGAACAGGACAAAGAAGCUUCAGUGGAAAUAGAGUAUCAACCUCAUAGAGAUAUUUUCAGGUUCCUGGACAAAGCAGCUAUCCAAAGAAAAUCUGAUGUGAAACCUGAGAACCAAGAGACUCCAAACCCAUGGAAAGUAUGCAGAGUGACUCAAGUAGAAAAUGCAAAAAUCAUUCUAAGCAUGCUCCCUAUAUUCUGCUGCUCAAUCAUAAUGACCCUUUGCUUAGCACAACUUCAAACCUUCUCUGUUCAACAAGGCACCACCAUGGACACCAGGAUCACCAACCACUUUAACAUCCCACCAGCAUCCCUACCAAUCAUCCCAGUUGCCUUCUUAAUCAUUAUAGUCCCUUUCUAUGAUCGCAUUUGUGUGCCUUUUCUUCGUAAAUUCACUGGCAUUUCCACUGGCAUCACACACUUGCAGCGCAUAGGAGUAGGCCUAAUACUCUCUUCCAUCUCCAUGGCAAUUGCAGCAAUCAUAGAAGUCAAAAGAAAAGGAGUUGCAAGAGAACACAACAUGCUUGAUGCAUUGCCUGUUAAACAGCCAUUGCCUUUAAGCAUAUUCUGGCUCUCUUUUCAGUAUUUUAUAUUUGGCAUAGCUGACAUGUUUACCUAUGUUGGACUUCUUGAGUUUUUCUAUUCAGAGGCACCAAAAGGCCUUAAAUCCACAUCAACUUGCUUCCUGUGGUGCUCUAUGGCACUUGGAUAUUUUCUAAGUUCCAUAUUGGUGCAAGCUGUGAAUGGUGCCACAAAGAAUAUUACUGCAAGUGGAGGCUGGUUAGCAGGGAACAAUAUUAACAGAAACCAUCUGAACCUGUUCUACUUGUUCCUUUCCAUAUUGAGCUUGAUCAACUUCUUUGUCUAUUUGUUUGUUUCAAAGAGGUACAAGUACAGGCCUCAAUACCCUGCAGUUACCGGUGGCAAAUCAGAGGAGUGAAUACUGGGAGAUAAAGAUUUAGCUUAAUAUGAUUAAAUAUAUAACGAGUGAAAAAUUAGUGGGUUGUACUUAAUUUUCUUUGUGUGUCAAA